CUUCUUCAAAAGCAGCCGGAAAAAAGUGAAGCGGACAAGCCCGUACUAAAGGAAGGCCGUCUUGGAAGCCAAGCUUGGACGGACAAAUACAAGCCUUCUCAAUCGUGUCCCUUCGUCGGUAACGAUGCUACGAUUGCGGAGCUUCGCUCUUGGCUUUCGCAGUGGAAAAACAAGACUUCGAACGUGGAUCGAUCCAACUCGCGACACUCGUUCAGUGAAUCGGAAGAUUCGACGGAGGGUCUGAGUAACUGCUACUUGCUCGCGGGCCCGCCUGGCGUCGGAAAAACUAGCUCUGUUUACUACCUUGCGGAAGAACUAGGCUUCAAGGUGCUUGAAGUGCAUGCAUCGAGCGAGAGGCCGGGCAAGAAAAUCCUGGCUGACCUGCACGAAGCUACGCAGUCCCAUCACGUGGAAGGUAGCAGACUGUCAUUCCCGGUGGUUGCAGAUCCAAGUACAUCUGCUAGCGCGAAGAAAGUGAAGGUCGAAAAGAAGGCGAAAAAUGCUGGCCCACUGCAGCAGAUGUUUGAGAGGGCUGCUGCAAAAGGUCAAGAAAAGAGGGUGAAUAUCGUCGCUGAUACCCCUGCAAAAAAGUCCAGCAAGGGUCCUCUAGAUAGCUACUUUUCUGCAAACAACAGUGCAAAAAAGACACCAAAUGUGUCUUGUGCAUCGAUUGCUUCUAAACCUACAGCGAAAAGUAGUCCUAAAGGGACAUUACUUGGAUAUUUUUCAACACCAUCGUUAAAAAAUGAUGCAGACUUGACUACAGCAGAAGAAACCAAGAAGUUGAGCAAGCAACAAAAACAGCAUAGUCGUAGCAAAGGUUCAUUAAAAGAGCUGCGUUUGUCUGAUGCUUCUGAUGACGAUGUUGAGAUUGUUAGUGUGACUUCAAAAAUUAAAGGUAGAAAAGCCACUGAAACCAAAGUUGCAAAAGAAAAGGCUGUUAAGACAAAACGAAAGGUAAAGAGAGUGUGCAGCACUUCAUCUGAAGAUGAUGACAUUGUCAUAGUGUCUGCAGCAAAAAAACCUCCAAGAGUACUCUCUUUGCCUGAACCAGCCAAGGUGCCUGUUAAGAAACAAAAGGUAGAUGAAUCAACCAAAAAAUAUCCACUGCAGAAGGCACCAUCUGUAAAGAAGCCUCCAGAACAGGAUUCAUCUACAUUGAAGUUCUCAAGCCAUACAAUUAUAUUAUUUGAUGAUGUCGACACCAUCUUCGACCAAGACGAUGGCUUUUGGAGUGCUGUGGAUACUGUCCUGAAGAUUACCAAGAAGCCCGUGAUCUUCACAGCCACCAGAAACCUUACGCAGAUAAGGUUGAAGCUUCCCAGCGGAUGUCCUGUAGCAGAGUUCGCCCAUCCAAAGCCAGACGAAGUUUCUAAGCUGGCUAUGCACAUCCUCAAAGCUGAAGACCUCAGUUUGCCGAUCAAUGAUAGCAUCAAUUUCUUGCUGCAGUAUUACCAUUGUGACAUGAGAAAAUGUGUAUUACAGCUGCAGCUUGAUACUGCACUGCAUAUGCUGGGGCAAAGUACCGAGCAUGCUUUCCGUGCCAAGGCUGUACCAGUUGUCGAAGAUCUGCGCAAGCUACUUCACUCGGAAGCAUUGGAUGCACGCGUUUUCACUCAGCGCAAGUUUGAAGAGCUGGGUUUAGACAUAACUCACCUCUGCUUGACUGACGUGCUUCCGCUGUCCACUCUUCAUGCUGCAAGUGCCACAAGAAGUGGACUCCAUGAUGAUCUGAAUGCAGUGGAGAGCAGCAAUGCUCUCGACUCUAGCUGGCUUUCUGAUGAAGGAAGCAGUGAUGACCGUGAGUGCAAAAAGUUACCCGACGUUGGCGUCAAGAGCGAAAGUCAUCCACAAGCUUCCCUAAUUAGACAGUGUUUACGCGAGCUUGCUGACAUCUUUGAUGCCUUUAGCACUGUUGACUGCCUCUCUGGUUGCCUUGGCAGAUGUGCCUACAGUAGUGUGAGCGUGCUACCUUUCGACAGUGUAGAAGCUUGGCAAAGUGGCAAAACCCUGGCGCCAUCUGUAGAUGUAAAGGAGCUCCCUGUGCCUUCCGCUGUGACUGAUGCCUUAGCUUAUAUAAAGAUGGGCUCGGUGAAACUGGCAAUUUCCAGGCUUGAGAAUAGUCUCAGUGGUGCUGCAGUGUGUAAUAUCCCGGAGCUAAGCAUGGUUGUUUCUCCCUCUGUUCCAAAUCUGUGCAACAUUUAUCAGAUUGCAGAGAAAAACAGGUUUUGGAGGAAAUGUCUCCAGCAGAUCAUGGACUCUGGGAUUCCUUCGAGUGUAAUAUUGAAUAAGUGUGCAGUGUCUGAUUAUAUGGGUGCCCUGCAAGUAAUCUGCAAGUGUGAAAAGGACCGAAGAAAACUCAAGGCUAAACGAGCUCAGAGGUUUCUGCAUUAUCUCAAUGCAUCGGGAAUCUUUUUGCAGGAUCACUUGAUUGUGGCCUUGUGCAAGGGUUUUCGGCCAUAG